AUGGCCAUUUUCCUUAUAAGAGUCUGCACUGCUUUACUUUCCCUCUUCUUAGUUCUAGUAUCUCACCGUACCAUGUCUCAACCUCAACACAUGCACACUUUCUGCAACCAAACAUCCGACAACUUCACACAAACCAGCUCAUACAAGUCAAACCGAGAAGCCCUGCUUUCUUCUCUCCUUGACCGUUCCUCUCUAGGAACUUAUUCCAAUGCCACAGUCGGUCUCAUCCCCGACACAGUCCAUGGCAUGUUCCUCUGUAGAGGAGACAUCACCAGAACAUCUUGUUCAGACUGUGUAAAGACCGCAACUCUAGAAAUCAUAAAAAAUAAUUGCACUUAUACAAAAAAGGCUAUAAUAUAUUACGAGGAGUGUAUGGUUCGAUACUCCAAUGAGUCCUUCUUCACCCUCGUAGAAGAAGGCCCUUACGUCGUUAAAUACUCUCUUUCUUCUUUUCCUUAUUCUUUUUUUAAUCCGUUCGCGCAAACCCUAUCCAAUAAGGUAGAGCAACUAAUUAUCCUCACAGCAUCAAAGUCUUCUUUGUCUUCUUCGACGCCGUAUUAUGUGAAGGAUAGAAAACGUGUGAAUGAAUUUGAUGGCUCGUAUACGUUAGACACAAUGGUUCAGUGUAGCCCUGAUCUUGAUCCAGCAAAUUGCGGCGUCUGCUUGAGACUUGUAGUCCAAAGUGUCUCAGGCUGUUGCACCAAUGCUCGUUGGGCUCACUUUGCUCUUCCUAAAUGUUUUUUGAAGUAUAACACAACCGGUUUGCCAACUUCUCAGUCACCGAGCGGCUCAUCUUCUACUGACGUUAUAAAAGGAAACAAAAUAUAUGGGAGAAUCUUCAUUACCGCCAUGACAACUUCGGUGUUAGCACUUGUUGGUCUAUGAUCCAUCUAGUCCAACGAGUCUGAAGAAUUUUGUUUGUAAUUUGUAUUCCACAAAUGUGUUAUGUGUGUGACGACCACGUCUGAUAUGUUAGUUUCUUGUGUAUAAAGAAAUCAACUAGGUGAUAAUUCUCAUUGUGCACACAAAAAAAAAAUGAAUAUUAACAAUAUUGUAAAUCGCGA